GAUUCGCCGCUGAGUGCAGAGGAGCGAAGUAGUAGUAAACUGUCGGCAAAAUCCCGAGGAUUUUCAGACGAAUUCUUUCAAAAUCAGUACUCUGGCGGUGGCUUCUUACAACCCUUUCACAAUGCCGUUGGCACAGCUUGCAGAUCCCUGGCAAAAGAUGAGUGUGGCCAGAGGCAGGGAGGUCGGUAGCACUGACGAUAUGCUGGUGGACGAUGCCGAAACUCAAUCGAAUGACGAGGAAGGGGACCACAAUAUGUCUGAAAUUGAAGUUAAAGAUGUCACACGAGAAGGAUUAGAAAAAGCUGACCCAUCACAUUUUGAACUAUUAAAAGUUCUCGGACAGGGAUCAUUUGGAAAGGUAUUCCUGGUUCGUAAAAUCUGUGGUAAAGACAGUGGUACUCUAUAUGCCAUGAAAGUAUUAAGGAAAGCAACGUUAAAAGUACGAGACAGAGUGCGUACCAAGAUGGAAAGAGACAUUCUAGUUGAAGUGAAUCACCCGUUUAUAGUUAAACUUCAUUAUGCAUUUCAAACGGAAGGUAAAUUAUACCUUAUACUAGAUUUUCUGAGAGCCGGAGAUUUAUUUACUAGACUGUCAAAAGAGGUGAUGUUCACAGAGGAAGAUGUGAAGUUCUAUCUUGCAGAGUUGGCGUUGGCAUUAGACCACCUUCAUAGCCUAGGUAUUAUAUAUAGAGAUCUUAAACCAGAAAAUAUACUUUUAGAUAGCCAUGGCCAUAUUAAUCUCACAGAUUUUGGUCUUAGUAAAGAAGCCAUAUUAGAAGAUAAAAAAGCAUAUUCUUUUUGUGGUACAGUAGAAUAUAUGGCACCAGAAGUAGUUAAUAGAAGAGGUCACACAACGGCCGCUGAUUGGUGGUCGUUUGGCGUCCUCAUGUUUGAAAUGUUAACAGGUACACUACCAUUCCAAGGUCAACACAGAAAAGAAACAAUGACUAUGAUUCUGAAAGCCAAGUUAGGGAUGCCUCAGUUUCUAAGUCCAGAAGCACAGAGUUUAUUACGGCAAUUAUUCAAGAGAAAUCCAACCAAUCGACUGGGAGCUGGUUCUAACGGCAUUGAGGAGAUCAAAAGACAUUCAUUCUUUGCAACAAUAGACUGGGAGGUAAGACAGAAGAAAUCAUCACCAGUGUACUUUCUAAGAUAUGAUGUCUCGUUAAUGACACACAGAUUGUCUAAUUCUCCUGGUAUUCCGGCUAGUGCAGGUGCUCAUCAACUCUUUAAAGGUUUUAGUUUUGUAGACACAACUUUGCUCCAAGAAGAAAAAGAAAGGCUGAAGAAAAUGGACACAAGUCCUCCGAAAGCUCCAAAAGCAAAGUUUGUUCCCGGAAAAAGAGCCACAUCAGUUAUUGAUGAGUAUGACAUAAAGGAGGAGAUCGGUCAGGGUUCGUACUCAGUAUGCAAACGGUGUAUACACAAAGCGACUGGUCAGGAAUUUGCCGUUAAAGUGAUAGAUAAAAAUAAACGAGAUGUCCAGGAGGAAGUCGAAAUAUUAUUACGAUAUCAGAAUCAUCCUAACGUCAUAUCACUACGAGAUGUAUACGAUGAUGGAAGCAAUGUGUAUCUUGUUACAGAUCUCAUGAAAGGCGGCGAACUACUGGAUAAAAUACUUCGAGAGAAAUCUUUAUCCGAAAGGGAAGCAUGUGCAGUUAUGCAAACGAUAACAAAAACAGUCGAUUACCUUCACCAAUCAGGGGUUGUACAUAGAGAUUUGAAACCAAGCAAUAUUCUGUAUGCUGAUCAAUCUGGCAAACCUGAAUCGCUUAGGAUAGCUGACUUUGGAUUCGCUAAGCAGCUACGAGCAGAUAACGGUUUGCUUAUGACACCGUGUUAUACUGCUAAUUUCGUUGCUCCAGAGGUACUGAAGAAGCAAGGUUACAAUGCAGCAUGUGACAUCUGGAGUUUGGGAGUAUUACUUUAUACAAUGUUAGCAGGGUAUACUCCCUUUGCACAUGGAACGGAAGACACUCCUAAAGAUAUCCUUGGCAGAAUCGGAGAAGGUAGAUUCACAUUGACUGGCGGUAAUUGGGAUACCAUAUCACCGAUGGCCAAGGAUCUGGUGCGUAGAAUGUUGCACGUGGAUCCUCAUCAGCGGCCUACAGCAGCGCAACUAAUGACUCAUCCGUGGUUUGCUAAUAAAGACCAUUUGCCCCUGAAUAGAUUAACAAUUAAUAGUGAUGCAAAAGCAAUUAAGGAAGCAAUGAGGGCAACCUACACAGCACUUCACCAAUCACCACCGCAGCGUGCUCUUGAACCAGUCACUGCAUCCACCUUGGCUCAACGACGAAAAAUAAAAAAACUUAGCUCAACAAAUGUAUAAAACCUGAACGACCAAAAAAAUAAAGAUAUAUUUCUGCUUCCAGAAUUUUUUUAAAUUUCUGAUUGGCUGGUGGUGUAUAUUAAGGGACACUUGUUUCAAAAUAUGUCAAAUAUUGAAAUAGGUAGCAAAGACAGAAAUAAUUUAUAUAGAUAAUCGGGUGUAUAUUAUAUAUUAUAGAGGUUGAUAUACAAUGAUAAUCUCCUAUCCCAUAAUAUGCAAAAGAGUGAUAUUUACCUACAUUCUGAUAUUUUCUGUGCAUUGUGUUUUACUGAAUGCAAAUAUUUUGCUGUAUAUCAUUACAAGCAAUUUUGCAUUAUGGGAUGGGGUGAAAGGUCAUAUUAGCAGGGUGGCAAAAAGGGGGUCGAUUAGGGCUAGUAUUUAUUACUGUACUGUAUGUAUCGCAUUAGAGAAGAUAGCAAUGUGCAAAAUGCCAGUAUCACUAGUUUGGUGAAGUUUUUUGAAAUAUUUUUUGAAUUUUUGUACUAGAAGAUUUUGAAGGUGUUGUAAGCAAUCAGAUUUUUUGCUCACCAUGGUGCAUUUUGGGGACAAACCUAGCUUUUUUGUUACUGUAUCCCAUGCUUCAUACAUUUUGAUAAAGAACAGCGACACAAUGCCAGUUGCUCUCGGUUCGGUCCAAUAUUAUGAAAUUAGCUUUUAGAAAAUAAAUAGGUUUAUUGGUGAAAACCGCAAUGCAUCAUGGUUAGUUGAAAUGCUACAUUGGUAGACACAGCUUUGCAGCAGGACAUGUAUAUUUUUUAUUUAAUCUGUAAAUUAGAUUUUCCUUAACACCUUUUGCCGCCAAAUUUAAUUGUUUUUACCCCUUUGAACACCAAAGUUGACUUAAACAAAAUAUAUUGACAUAAUCCUUUUUAAAUUUUCAACCAUAUUGGUCAAUGGUAAAUUUGGGCCAAAAUUAAUAACAAAUUUAUAGAAAAUUUACAUAAAAAUGUGCAGAAAAUGCAUUACCAAUUUUUAGCAGGAACAAAUAUGGUGUCUGAGGAGUUAAAACUUCCUCUAUCUAGUCCUGUUAGCUUUUAUAUUGGGCAUGUGUGUGCUUAAUGCCAUACGAGUGUCAUGCUAAAGGGGCAGUGGUUGUCGUGCCACACAUGUACCAUACAAACAAUUGUUGAUAGCAUUUGCAAAUAAUACAAUGUACAAACAUACACAGAAGCAAGUACAAAGGUUAGUCUAGGUCAUUUGAAGGAUUUGGAUCUUUCUGCCAUUCCUCUUGCCAAGACCGCAUCUGACAUCUACUUGCCACUAUAUUGGAUCAUUAGUUGAGGCCGGUAAUUUGUGAUAAAAUCAAUCUGUUCAUCAACAAAAAUCUCUGUAUGUGUGGCGCGGCGACCACUGCCCUUUAAUUUUUUAGGGCCGGCAGAUGACAGUACUUCAGGCUGCCCCUUCAUUCUUUGGCAGCCAUUUUGCUUUCAAACAAAUUACCCAUGAGCCUUUGUAACAGCAGUUACUGAUACCAAUGUAAUGAAAUACUGCAUGAAAAUCACAUUUUGAUAGCAAAAUUCCUGCCACUCUGAACAAAAAUUGGAACUAUUGCGCUUGUCAAUACUGCAUAGACAUAUUUUUUAUGUGAAAAUCAUUUUUUUCAAAAAUUGAUCAAAAGAUCAAGAUCAAAAUGAAGAAUACUUGCUAUAGAUAUAAUAAUGCACUGUGAUUUAACAGGAAAUGAGCUUUGUUCUAAUUUGGGGCCACCCCUAUAAUUCCAAAUGGUAUCAACCAAACGUCACAUUUUGGACUUCAGUAUUCUUAAAAGAGGAGGAGGUGGUUAUACUUGCUCAAAGUCUUCCAUUUGACUCCAACGUUGUAUAUUUACUUAUAUUAAUAAUUACAUCUGUAUAAUAGUGUCUUGUUAUUAUUACCAAUAUAACCAAUCAUCAAUUGUU